UCUUCGCGCUUCGACGAGUAACCGUCACUCAAUAAUCUUUUUAAAAAUAGAGAAACUUUUACUCGCAGUUUACUCGCAAAGCCUUGAACGAGACGGUUCAUAACAGGUAUUAUUGCAUAAUGCGUACCCUAUACGCCAAAGGGAUGCAGGGAAAGUCUUUAUGAGUUUUUUUUUCCGGGGAGUUCGAAGGCACGCGUCUUGGAUAAUUGUGACCAGUGCCAACAGUUGGCAUCAGCUUCAUGAUAUGAAAAACUUUGAAAAGCAUUGAAGGAAAUAUCGAAGCGGGAUAACGGGAGAAUGGCCAUGGAAAAACUUGAGUUAACCAUCACAAUUCUGCUGGUGCUGCUAGUCGCCGUGUGCGUUUACAUCGCAGCUUCGUGGACACUAUGGCGGCGAAGUCAUCGGAGAGGAGACGGAGGGAUAUUUGGGGACUCGGAGUACGACUCGGCCAUCUACAGGUCAUUCGGCAAGCAAGUGGUCCAAGAAGAUGGAGCACCAAAGAUAACCAUUACACCAGUCCAGCCACGCCUACAGCCUCAAGAGGGAACGACAUCACCGAUGAUGACAGAUGAUGAAGAUGGACCAAGAAGCGAGUUACAAGAAGACGACUUGGGACGACUUUACUUUUCUCUCCAGUACGACCAACACAGGUCUGCCCUCCUCGUCCGACUGAUUCGCGGCGAGGAUAUUCCUCUGGAGCAAGACGUCAGCGGGACGUACGUGGGCGUGCACCUGUUGCCAAUCAGCCUGGUGAGUGACGUCAUUGAGCCCGGCGACACGUCCAUCAACGUCACUUUCCAGGAGUGUUACGAGUUCCCGCUGACCCAGUCUGAGCUGGCAUCGCAGACACUUGAUUUCCACAUUUGUCGAUAUGACAAGUUCUCGAGGCGUACCGUGGUGGGAGAUGUGUUCCUUGCUUUAGCAGAGCUUGGCGCACAAGGCAUCGAUAUAACGAGAGAAGUGUAUCUCUGCAGAAACAUAAUUAGUAGUCGAGAGGCUUAUCACAAGCGCAAGAGGAAGCGCUUAGUAUCUGCUGGAGACGAGCAAGAGGGUGAACAUGACUUUGAGCUCAGACAAGGCAAAAAGGUUUCGCGUUCCACGCGGGAGAGCGGCGCUGAUCCCAAGGAAUUAUGGAAAAUCCUGCGCGCGGCUGUGCGGAAGGGGAAAUACCGAGUCAUGGGUGCUGAUCCGGAUACGCCCGUCUACCAAUGGGACCCAAUGAUGCCCUCCGAAUCUCCCCGUUACGAGUAUAAGCUACCUACCAGUCCUCACAUGCCCGGUGGGAUAUUCUACUUCAGCGGCCCCGGGCCUCCGGCAACUGGAGGUGUAACAGAAAGCGAGACAGACGAAGAGGUGGUCUCUCAAGGUAAAAGAUCCGGAUCGUUUUUGUUUCCGGUUAAGUCGGACUCUGGCGAGGAUGCCGCGGAGGCAAUGUAUCCCGAUUCCCAGCAUUCCUCGUCACCGAACUCACCACUCCAGAUAUCACCCGCGCCGGAAGAGUACUACACCCUCGUCCCCAUAACACCCUUCACCCCGGCUUCGCCCCUAAAGCAUCGCACAGCCAAAGACCCGUCGGUCUCCUGGCACGUGCCUGAGACCUUCAGUGCACGUGACCAGGACGUGGUCCAAACAUUGGCGGAUGCUUAUAAUGAUCCAAAGAUUGUCAAGUCAGCCAAUCUAAGGCAGGCGGCGAUACUAGCGCACAAGCGACAGGCACACAGAACCAUACCAUCAGCCACUGCGGCCGCAUUGGAAGGUGUGCGCACAGACGAGCACAGGGUGACCAAGCGUAAGACAGCGAGGAGGGGGUCUGGUACAGGGAACCGAGCGAUAUCGCCAAAGCGCCAAAAAGCCAAGGUCUCCCCGUCACGCACCGUCACGCAAUCAUCUGGCGAGAGCUCAUCUAAAGGAAAAACUAAAGUUUGGAAAGGGAAGGUUAAGCCGAAGGCGUCAUGGAAAUACCGGCCUAGCCCGAAGGACAUGCAAAGGCUUCGCGGUAGUGAACAAUCGGGCCGUGACGUGUCGAGCUCACCUGAGCUUAGUAACUCUCCAGCGACUGAGACUGGUCUUAGAUUUGAAGCGAAGGACUUUAUAGUACCGUGCGUCCCUCCUCUUAAAGAGUGCACACAGUCGGAUCCGUAUAUAGGGCCCCACAGGCAAGAGGAAAACACAGGGGAAACGAGACAGAAAAGACUAUCUGUGUCGCUCACAGAGGUUUUAGCUGAGGAGAGAGAAGAGAGAGACGAGUCUUAACACAAUGCAUAGCUACACGGAUGGCCCGGACAGGUCGGACAAUAAUCCAUAAUGUGUCAGGCGUUAUGAAAUGUUACGUUUGGGUUAUGUCAGCCGAUUAGAAAUUAAUUAUAGCACCGCUAUCCAAAUGAUAUUUUGCACGAGCAAACAAUUUUAAUCAAUUUACCAGAAUACCUCAAAAUAUUAAUAAUAAAUGAAUAUUUGAAUUUAAUAGUUUUCAACCCGCAAAGUAUAGAGUACCGUAUAAAGAUUUUGUUGUUGAUUAAAAACCAUACAAAUAUCAGUCAAUAAAAUCAAAUAUAGAUGCA